GUACGUCUGGAGCUGUAGGUCUGCUCCGGUCUAGAUCAGGGGAUCUGCCGGGCCUGAGGCCGAGUUCCACCCUGGCUUCCCGGGAUGUCGGUGGCUUUCGUACCGGACUGGCUAAGAGGGAAGGCAGAAGUCAAUCGGGAGACCAUCCAGUGGCUCCUGGAGGAGAAUGACCAGCUGAUCCGCUGUAUCGUGGAAUAUCAGAACAAAGGCCGGGCAAAUGAGUGCGUCCAGUACCAGCAUGUGUUACACAGAAAUCUCAUUUAUUUGGCUACCAUCGCAGAUGCCAACCCAACCAGUGCUUCAAAAGCAAUGGAAUAGUCUUCCAGUUGGCUGUUGUGAGGAGUAAUUGAAUGUGAUCUAUUUCCUAUGAAAUGGAUUUUUGCCAACUCAACUGCUUAGAAUGUGAAUGGAACCUCUGUGGCUCUUCUAAAAAUGUGAAAAUGUGAAGAAAGCUACUAACUUAACCGUAUUCUCAGUAUAAAUAUUUAAUAAUUCAGUGGAUUCCCUCAA